AUGGACGACCCGGUCACGGCGCUUUUUGCGCGUCUACCAGAUCCCAUGGGCGACCCUCGUGCCUCGAUCGAUACGACGGCCACCGGGAUGGCAUUUCUAUUGCCAUUUCUUUCCUUCAAAGAGGACAUGUCGACCAGGGACUCGGUCGAUCCGGAUGCGAAAAUCCUUCUCGCGUACGUAAACGACAUUGUCAAAGGACGUCGCAAGAUUUACCAAUUCUGCUCGCUUCUCGGGCGCUUAGCACUUUUCAAAGACCCUCUCGAGGAAGGGCCGCUCGCCAAGCAACGGCAGCUGGCAUACUAUCGCUGGAUAGCGAGGGGCCGCAAGGAGGAGGACUAUCCGUUCUCGAGUGACGGCACUCUCACGCGGCCUCCAUCCAACGAUCCUGUCUCGCACGAAUUUCUUCCCCGAACCUCAGAUUCGACCCGGUGCGCUCACUGUGACAAGGACUCCGCACCUCUAAAGUGCGGCGGUUGCCUCGUGCUUAUCGACAAGCAUGUUGUCUUUAGCACGGCCUACUGCAGCAAAGAAUGCCAGGUUGGUCACCGGAAGACUCAUCGGGCAGCCUGCCGGGACUGGCAGAGGCUGGGACGCGCGAGCUCAAUGUUUCAGGAGACACUUGUUGAGCUCCUCAAAGUCACACAGACGAGAGAAUGGCGAACGAUUUCGGAGAAGGAUGGAAUGAACGUUUCGGUCUACGAGGGCCUCGAGUCCCGGGCCUUCCUGGGCAAGCAUGUCUUGAUUCCCGCCGAAUUUGAGAAAGCGGAAACCCCUGAGCUCGCCCUUCAGACCUUGAUGAAUGGCCAGUGCACCGCGACUGUGGUCGAUUCACGGGCCCUUUUUGAGAUUUUCUUUCGACGCACCUGCAAGUCCGCCCACGUGGUCGGCUUUCAGGCCAAGAACAUGCAUCGUACAAUCUUAUACGGAGCUUGUACCAACAGCGAUGGAUCGGCGCGGCUCGAGGAUGUCAACGCGGAUGUCUUGCAUCAAGCGAUUCACAUCACAAUGCCCUCUGGGGUGGAAGUCUCGCUCGAUCCAACCGGCGUCCAAUAUGGCUGGAAAGACUACUUGACGCCCUGGGAUGCGUUCUGCCAGCAUCGCAUGCACAGACUGAAGAAGGUUACGGCGAUGGAGCCCAUUCCCAAAGCUGAAUGGGAACGUCUGGCCGGGCGUCUCCGCCUGAAUGGCAAGUAUGCAGUCGGUGAACUGGAUUCGGAUCCUGAUUCUUCUUACCGGUCUGCUGUGCGCUUGGUAAACGAGCUCCUGGUAUCGGGCUUGCUAUGGAGGACCGAGAUCCUCAAGAGCCAAGGGGCCCGUGCCAUCGAGGACUUGAAAGGAGAGGAGUUCGACAAAAUGCGCACCAAGAUCAUGGCCUCUGUUGGAGACUCGCUCCGGGAGGCACUCCGCGUGGCGCACGACUUGCCGUAUUACCGGUUAUACUUUGAGUGGGACUUUGCUAUCCGUGCCACCGUGAACGCGAAGUUUUACAGACUUAUGAAGCACGUCUGGCUGGGGGAGGAGGAGUAUGCCGAGCUCAGGGAUCAUCCCGACGAGCUUGCGAGAGUCUACGCGAGCCGCGUGCUCGAGGUCGACAACCAGCUAUUCCACUCUUGA